AUGAAGUGGUCCGCGCCCGUAUCGCUCGCUUUAGCCGCCACUGCCGUUGCCGCCGACUUCGUCAAGGUCGACUUCGACGUCCUCGAGAAGUCGUCGCUGGGAGCGCUCCAGCGCCGGGACUUGGCCCGCCGUGAACCGCAAGCGGUCAAUAUUGGCAACCAAGGCCACUGGUACCUCGCCCAGCUCUACCUCGGGCUGUCCCGCCAGCAGGUGCUGGUGUUGCUCGACACUGGGUCGCUGGACUUUUGGGUCGUCGACAAAAACGCCGACUGUCAGGCGCCCGGCCAGGGGAACCAGUGUGUGGUUUACGGCCAGUUUGACACUCAGCAGCUGACCUCGUUCAAGCGCAACGACUCGUUGCCUGGGUUCUCGUUCAGCUACAUGGAUGACACCAGUGUCAGUGGCAACUACGUCCAGGACACGGUGCAGAUUGGCGACUACGUCAUCAACGACUACGUCAUCGCCCUCGCCAACAAGACGUCGUCGCCGUACGGGGUGCUUGGCAUCGGUUUCUCCGGUAAAGUCGCUCUGAUCAAGUCGGACUUUAUCUACCCCAACUUGCCGCAAAGAUUGAAGGACGACGGCCUCAUCAAGAAGAACUUGUACUCGUUAUACCUCAACAACAUUAACGCCGACCUGGGCCUGGUGCUUUUCGGCGCGAUCGACACCGCCAAGAUCGACGGCGAGUUGACGACGGUGCCCCUCGUCAACAUCUACUCCCAGUUGAGCGACAAGCCCAUCGAGGUGUCGCUCGAAUUCACUAAGCUCACGUUCAAGGGCGACCUGGAAGCGGAUGUGAUUACUGACAACAAGUACGUGGCGAUGUUGGACUCCGGCUCCACCAACACUUACCUCCCCAAACCGCUUUUCCAAAGAGCGUUGCUGAUCGUCGGCGGCUGGACUCAGCCCAACGGGUUGUCGUACAUUGAGUGUCCUAAAGACGACCUGCUGACGUUUACUUUUGGCUUUAACGGCGCCAACAUCGAAGUGCCCCUUGAAGAGCUCGUGAUCCCGUCGCUGGACAUCGAGGGCAAGUGCAUCUUCACCGGGAUCUUGCCGUCGCUGAACGACCUCGCCAUCGUCGGCGACUCGGUGCUCCGCCACGCCUACUUGGUCUACGACUUGGAGGACUACCAGAUCUCGAUCGGUAAAGUGAAAUACACCAACGACCUGGACAUCCACGAGGUCGACGGCACCCUCCCCAGCGCCCUGGUUAUCGAGCUGGCGGUGACGUUGUCGACGUUGGCUUCCUACGCCGAAGCUACUGCUGCUGCUGUCGCCUACCCUCAGGGCCUGUUGACGGUGACCUGGUACCGCGACCUCCUCGCCAAGGGCAACAAGGCGAUGAACGACACCGGGUUGAUUUUGGACAUGGUCACCGACGGCAAGAACGGCUCGUCGGCGGCGGCCGCUACUGGUUCGGGCUCGGGCGGCGACCUGCUGGCGCGGGACAGCCUGGCGAAGUCGACCUCGGGAGCGUCGACGACGGCCGCGUCGAGUUCGAAGGGCGACGACGCCGCCGCGUUGGCCACCCCCUGGAUGGCCAUGCUCAUUGGUUUGCUUUCUAUGUUUGUUUAG